UUAGUGUUGCCAUUUGGCAGAGCGACACGUCAUUUCGGACUCCCAGCACGGAAGCGUGUGGUCCGCCGAUAUUGCUGCUGUCGUACUAGCUCAGUUUAACAACAUUUAACGUAGAAGUAGCGAGGACCUCAUCAAAAUGGGUGGCUUUUUCUCCAGCCUUUUCUCCGGCCUGUUCGGCACACGGGAGAUGCGGAUCCUGAUUCUCGGACUGGACGGGGCUGGCAAAACGACCAUUCUCUACCGCUUACAAGUCGGGGAGGUCGUCACAACCAUCCCAACCAUUGGCUUCAACGUGGAGACGGUGACAUACAAGAACCUGAAGUUCCAGGUGUGGGAUCUUGGUGGCCAAACUAGUAUCAGGCCCUACUGGCGGUGCUACUACUCGAACACAGACGCGGUCAUCUACGUGGUGGACAGCAGUGACCGCGACCGCAUGGGCAUCUCCAAGUCAGAGCUGGUGGCCAUGUUGGAGGAGGAGGAGCUGAAGAAGGCCAUCCUGGUGGUCUUCGCCAACAAGCAGGACAUGGAGCAGGCAAUGACGCCCACCGAGGUGGCCAACUCGCUCGGCCUCCCCGCCCUCAAGGACAGGAAGUGGCAGAUCUUCAAGACGUCCGCCACCAAAGGCACGGGCCUGGACGAGGCCAUGGAAUGGCUGGUCGAGGCGCUGAAGAGUCGGCAGUAGGCACACAAGACCCCGCCCCCACCCCACCUGUAAAUACUCCUGACCCUUGACCUCCAGCAGAAAGACUCCUGAUUGGCUGUCCUCUAGACCAGUGACUGACUGUGCUCUUGCCUCAUUGUUUGAAGGCCACUCCCUCUGUAAUCUUGGCUGCCCCCCUCCCCUGCCCCACACACACACAUACAUCACACACAAGAGUGGCCUUCGAGUAUGUGUGUGUGUGUAUGGGUGUGUGUAUGGGGCAUCAAGAACCAAACAAUGAUUAAAAAUGGCAGCCCCCCCCCUCCCCCCUUUACACACACCACACAUAGGAGUGGCCUUGGAGAGUGUGUGUGUGUGUGAGUGUAUUUGUGAAUGGGGCGUCAGGACCUAAGUAUCCAGUAAAUCUGGCAGUCUGCCCCCCCCCCGCCCCCCCACCACUCUAAACGGACGGCAGUGGGACCAGCCUCUGACGAGUAUAACGUUUGAUCAUAACACUGUAGGGCAGCGCAGGAAGCCGAGCGGCGGGUGCCAACCGAGGCGGGUGGUCCUCUCCUCUCCCCUUCGCCCGCCAUGCCGCCAUGCUGUGCCCGCCCGACUGCCCGAGAGCGAGACGCGGGGGGGGGGGGGGGACUCGGGGUUGUCGGUCGACGGAUGUGCGAUGACACUCUGACCCUGUUGCUGUAGAUGUGUUACUCUCGCUCUGCUCUGAUUUGUCUUUCUCUCUCUCUCAGCUUUGUUUCUUAUCUUCUCUUCUGCUGAUUUGUGUUCAUCUGAUCAAUAACAGUCCCAAUACCCCUCUCCGUUCUGAUUCCACUACAUCUUUUAUAACUAAACUGAUAAAUGGGUUUAUUCUAUUUUUUUUUGGUUUGUUAUACGAUCUUUGUUUUGCCUGUUUGUUAAUAUAUUUUUUUUUCUUUUUCAAUCUGCAUUUGACUCCUAUAGAAAUGGAUGUGGCUGCUUUGGUAGCUGACUUUUGGUAUUUUAGUACUUACAUAUUUAAGAGUAAUUGUCCUUUGUAUGCGAUGGAUUUGUAAUGGCAUAUUUAUAGGAGAGAAUGCGCCGUGGUUGCAUCAGUAUGACUUGGGGUUGUGUCCUCUCUGUAAUAAAGCAAUGGUGUUGACUUGG